AUGUUUGUCUUUUUUUUAAAAUUAAUCACUUUUAUUUAUAAUAAAGAACAUUGUCCAAAAAAAACCUGUAUCGAGUCCCUAAGAAACCCUAGAAACCGAAAAAAAGUUUGGUCGAAUACACAAGCAGUUGAGGAAUUUUUAUCAGGAACAAUGACGGAAUCCAGGCUCAUUCCGAUACAAAUUCAACCAAAAAUCAUCUACGGCUUUCGCUCAGACAUCGUGGGAAAUAUCCACUUUACAGCUAGAGAAGAGGUGAUAUACCCAGUUUCUGGAGUCCUGGCCUUCCACAAUUAUGCCACCGGGAAGCAAAAAUUCCUUCGUCUUCCAGAAAACUGUGAGAUCAAUAUUGUGACCAUAAGUCCCAAUCGAAAGCUACUGGCAAUUGCAGAGAAAAGCUCUACAAAAGGAAUCCAGAAAGCUUAUAUCAACGUCUAUGAGAUUGGUACAUUCAAAAAGAAAAGGACCAUCAACUUCCCCAAUGAAAUUGCAACAAAAGAAGUGGCCAGCAUGUAUUUUACGCACGAUUCCAAAGGUUUCGCUAUUCUAUCCCGAGAACCAGACUCACAGCUCAUUCUAAUGUUCUUCGACAAGAACGAAUCCACCGUGAUUGGAAGGGUAUCCCAUAGUACUCAUCAACUCGGAGUGGCCAAAUACAUUUCCUGCAAUCUCUCAGACAGUGGAAUGGUGGCCAUUGGAGGUGACUAUGUUUUCAAAGUCUUGAACAAGACGGAGAAAGGAUUCGCUCCUGUGGGAACAAUCAAAGGGGAUGGACUUAUUGUGACUUCUCUUACCUGGCUGAGUGGAGAAAUUCUCCUGGCCGGAACAGCAGAAGGGGAUUUGUUGAUUGUGGAAAAUGGUGAUUUAAAAAUAACAUUCGAAGCCAGUGAGGUCACUUGCCUAGACUUAACCCGUAUUGCCGAUGACGAGGGUGAAGAUGGCCGAAAGGAAGUACAAUCAACCAUGACCCGGAGAAAACUUUCAAUUGGCGAAAGUAAGAAACCUAAUCAGGAAGUUGUUUGCCUCACUUGCUUCUCGCUUGGCUUCUGUUAUGCCAUUCACAAUGUCGUACAUGUAUUCGAAAAGGAAUCCAAUUACAAAUUCCAGAAAAAGACUGUCGUCACAAUCCCUGUAACUCUGUAUGAUAGGGACUUGUAUAAGAUUGCUAAUGUGGCUAUAAAUCAAGCUCAGGACACCGUAAUGGUUUCCUGUGCUCACUCACAGAUCUACAUUGGACAGCUUUUUGUACCCGAAAGUCUCACUAUAAACCACCUGGAAUUCCGAACCCUCGGAGAACCUCUCCACAUCGCCAAGAUCAUCAGUUUGGCUGUAUGUAUGUGGAAGCCAAUUGUGGUGACAAUUUCCACUGAUAAGACUGUUAGAGUUUGGAAUUAUUCAACUGGAAGAGUGGAAUUGGUUAAGAAAUACCUCGUGAACAUUACAGUAAUUGCUCUGCAUCCAUCUGGAAUCUUUUUAGCUUUGGGAUUUUCAGAUCAAAUGAGACUAAUGGAGAUCUUUCUGAAUGAUCUGAAGAGUGUGAAGGAAUAUAACUUCCCAAAAUGCCAUGUAGCCGUUUUUUCUCAUCGAGGACAUAUGCUAGCUGUGUCCUUUGGAAACACAAUCCAAAUAGUAUCAGUGUUCUCAUUCGACGUCAUCCAAACACUUAAGAGUCACAAUGGGAAAAUUCUUAGUCUUGUAUGGUGCUAUGAUGAUAUACAUUUUCUCUCAGCCGGAGAAGAUGGAGCGAUCUAUGAGUGGAAUGCCAUCACAGGCGAAAGAAUCAAUGAAGUAGUUCAAAAAGAAAUUCAGUACAGAAGCUUAGCUGUAACUAAUGACCUCAGUGCAGUAUACGCAAUUACAAAUACAGGAGUUUUGAGGGAGAUCUGCAAAUCUGAAAUCGUUAGGGAGACAAAGAUUCCUGAUCUUCCACCACUAACUUGUCUCACACUUGCCCGAUCGGACCUUGUAAUGUUUAUAGCUAGCGAAUCUGGUCACAUUUUCAAUGUCCAACUGCCUUUCAUGGAAACUGGCGGAGGAACAUGCACCAACUACCGCUUCUUCAGCAGCUCAAUCACAUGCAUGAGGAUCACCAAUGAUGAUGCACUCCUUGUGAUUGGAGCUGAAGAUGGAACUCUUGCCAUCUGGGAAAUUCUCAACAACGAAGGCAAGAAAGCUCAUGUAGAUAUUGAAUUAGGAAAAUGUGUAGAUGUACUAAUUCCCAGAGAAGAACUUCUUGAUCGCCUAGGAGCUAUAGAAUCCUUAGAACAGCGAAUGGGCCAACAAGCAGAUGAAUAUGAGUUCCAGUUGAAGCGCAAAGAUGAAGAUUACACGAAACAAAUCACUCAAAUCCAUACGGAAUACCGUGAAAUUAUUGAAGAUUUGAAAGAGAAGAAUCGCAAACUAGAAGCUGAUCACAUUGAAGAGAUCAAUAUCAUAACAGCGAGCAUUGCUGAACUCAAAUUUGAACAUCAGAAAGCAUUAACGCAGUUAGAAACAGAUUUUCAUCAAAAAAUCAUAGUUGAGUACGAGAAGACAAGUCAAGUGAAGAAACAAAUGGAAACUAUGAAGGAUGACUACGAGGUAAAGCUGAGAAAAACUGCCGGUCAUCUUCAGGAUACCGUACAAUCCCUAGAAACAGAUUUUCGCAAGCAACUAGAUGAGAGACAAACACUGAUAAAACUCCUUCUCAAAGAUGCAGAAGAAAAAGGACUGGAAUUCCGAGAACACAGUGAUCAAGUGAUGACAGAGAAUGAGAAGAAAGUGAUCAACUUAACUGUAGACUACGAGAAGAAGAUCAAACAUGAACAGCAAAUUGGAAACAAAUGGCGCGGAGAAGCUGGAGUACUCUCCAAGAAGUACAAUCUCAUAAACAAGAGCAACAAGAAACUAAAGGCAGAAAUUGAAACGGUUACAGAAGAACAUGAAAGACUCAAGGAAACUAUCCAACAACUAGAGAUCAAAAUCCAAGAGAUGGAAUCUACAAUUGGCAUGAAAGACAGCAUAAUUCGUGAUAGAGAUCAUCAAAUUGCUGACUUCAAAAAUCAAUUGCAGGAAAAAGAUUCCAUUCAAGCAGCUCAGGACGAAAAGCUCCGUGAAUUGAAUGCACAGAUAGAGCCUCGAGAUGAAGAAAUUCGAAGUCGCAAGGACAGAAUUGUGAGCAUGGAAGUGGAAAUGCAAGCCCUCCAGCAGAAAAAUCGCAAAUUAGAACAUCAACUUAAGGGACUCAAGGACAAAUACAGCGGAAAUGAAAUCCUUCUCAAAGCUCAACUAACUAGAUCCCAAACACUUCAAGCGAAACUCUUUCGGAUUUCUGCUGAUAUUUCACGAGCUUCCGAUAUCAUUCAAGAACCACAGAAACUCAAGGAAUUGGUAAAGAAGCUCCUGGACAAAUACACCAAAGACUUUGAUCCCAGCCAACUUCCUCCGCUAGAAGAUUCCAGAGACAAACCCCAAGAUCGUGUAGAGAGAACUCUCAGGUUGUCAGCUCGUGUGAAAAAGCCCAAAGAAACGGAUGAGGCAAAGAAACUACUUCGUGAGAAUAUUGAAUUGAUUAAGAAUCUCGAGAAUCUGCGGAAGGAAUUGAAUGAGUGUAAAAGAAAGAAUCGACGAAUGCAAUCUUUCUUGGGAAUUCCUGACCACAGAACACCUAGAAGGGCUCGAGAGAGAUACGAAAGGGCCUUGACGGUAAGUUAA